AUGGCCCGCGUGGUGGUCGAAGGGAUGCCGGAGACGGCCGCCGGAGCAGGAGGAGGAGGAGGAGGAGGAGGAGUGAUGCUGAACCGACGGAGGAGCAAAGCCAGACGGAGGAAGCGAAAGGAGUUGUUCGCCAUCCAGAUGUGCUUUGCGGGGGUGCUGCUGGGGCUCGUUGUGGGGUUCAAGUCCGCGGCACAGAAAGCAGGAUAUCACGUUUCCAGCUUCGUGGGCGAGGAGGAGAGGUGGGACAGCCGUCACCUCCUGCAAGAGGUCUACGACAACGAGUCCAAGCUCUACUUGGAGCCCCAAAAGAACUGCACGGAACCAGCAAUCCACGAGUUCCCCAGGGAUUACUUCACCUACCAGGAGCGUGUUGAUGGAGCUGUAGGCCUUCAUGUCCUCUGUGCGGUCUACAUGUUCUAUGCCCUGGCCUUGGUGUGCGAUGACUAUUUCGUCCCCUCUCUGGAGAAGAUUUGCGAGCGUCUCCAACUGAGUGAGGAUGUCGCAGGUGCAACCUUUAUGGCAGCGGGCAGUUCAGCUCCUGAACUGUUCACCUCUGUCAUUGGAGUUUUCAUCACAAAAGGUGACGUCGGGGUCGGCACCAUCGUGGGCUCGGCCGUUUUCAACAUCCUCUGCAUUAUUGGAGUGUGUGGGAUAUUUGCCGUCCAGACAAUACAUCUCACCCGCUGGCCUCUGCUCAGAGACUCUACGUACUACACCUUGUCAAUCUCUGCUCUUUUAGUGUUCAUAUAUGACGAAAAAGUAGUGUGGUGGGAAGCUCUCACUUUGAUUCUGAUGUACUUCGUCUACAUUUUGAUCAUGAAGAUGAACUCCCACAUUGUUCGUUUUAUUGAGAGGCGGAAGAAGAGCUCGCCCGGUUUGAGGAACGGAGCGGCCAAUAACGCCGAGAUAGACGAUGGCUGUGAUGCUACCUCUGUUCUACUGAAGAAAGCAAACCACCACAGGAAGCCUUCGGUGCUGAUGGUGGACGAGCUACUGUCGGCGUACCCCCACCAGCUGUCCUUCUCUGAGGCUGGCAUGAGGAUCAUGAUCACCAGCCACUUCUCCCCAAGAACCCGCCUCACCAUGGCUUCCCGGAUGCUCAUCACUGAGAGGCAGCGUCUCAUCAACACGCGGACUUUGACCAACGGCGAUUCCGACGUUCCAGUCAAAGGAGGAAGUAGGCGGGGCAUAGAAAACGGGCUGUCCGGGGCCGAGAGGGGUGGAGGCGUUCGCCGCGAUGACCGGGAGGCUGGCAACGAGACGGAGAACGAGGACAACGAGAACAACGAGAAUGACGAGGAGGAAGAAGAGGAGGAAGGAGGUGGACCCUUAGUACCCUUCCAGUGCCCAGCGGGUGCGUGUAACAAGCUGAAGUGGCUGCUGGCCUGGCCUCUGUGCCUGAUGCUGUACUUCACGGUCCCCAACAGCUCCGCGCCUCGCUGGGACAACUACUUCAUGCUGUCCUUCGUCUGCUCCACCCUUUGGAUCGCCGCUUUCUCCUACGUCAUGGUCUGGAUGGUAACAGUGAUAGGCUUCACAUUCGGCAUCCCAGAUGUCAUCAUGGGCAUCACCUUCCUGGCAGCCGGCACCAGCGUGCCUGAUUGCAUGGCCAGCCUAAUAGUGGCAAGACAAGGAAUGGGAGACAUGGCCGUGUCCAACUCCAUCGGCAGCAACGUCUUUGACAUCUUGGUGGGGCUUGGCCUCCCCUGGGCCCUGAAGACCCUGGCUAUCAACUACGGCUCCGAUAUCAAACUAAACAGCAAAGGACUGAUCUUCUCCGUGGGUCUCCUGCUGGCGUCCGUGUUUCUAACUGUCCUGGGAGUUCACCUCAACAAGUGGACUUUGGACAAGCGCCUGGGUUUCAUGUGUCUCCUCCUCUACUCCGUCUUCCUGUGUUUCUCCUGCCUGAUCGAGUACAACAUCUUCACCUUUGUCAACCUGCCAACCUGCCGGGAUGUCUGA